GGCGGAGCCAAUGUCUGGUAUGGGGUUUAGUCUGGGUGAUAGAAACCUGGAUUGUCUAGCAGAUACUAUGGCAAUUAUUAUACGGUUCUCAUUUUUAGUUUCCGGUACAAAACUGAUGCUAAUUGCUAAUGUCCCAGAGAGCGCAAGAGGGGAUCAAACACUCAGCGGUUUGAUGAAAAUCAAGGUCGACACGGCAGCCUCGGCAAUCUAUCGAGGAAGGCAGGUUCGUAAGCACUACUGUCUUGGCUUAGGCACCAACAGCUAAAUGAUGGUUGUGCUUCCUAUCCUAACCGGUUGCCUGGAAUCAUUAACGGUACAUACAUAUAGGGCCCUACACCUAGUUCGCUGAAACGACGAUUAAUUCCCACCAUACGUAACCUGUCCUAGGAUGGCACUAGCAGCUGGCUCAGAGACUCAGCAUAAGUUCCCGCUUUUUUCGCUCGGGGUCGAUGUGUGGUAUAUUGUGCUUGACUUCCUCCGUGAAGAACCCGACCUGAACGAUGACGAGGACGAGUACGAGGAAGAAGACCCUGAUAGUGACUGGAAACCCAAGAACAUAGCCCGGAGACUGCCAUAUCUUCCUGACCUCAUCAACCUGAGUAGUACGUGCACAUGGUUUCGGCAUAUCCUUGCUCCGAGCAUAUUCUGCAAUCUCGAAUUGAAUAAUACGGCCAAAAGCGCCCGGUCAAUCACCGCGAUUAGCCAGGGGAGGCAUGCUUCGUGCGUCAAGACGCUGCGGUACAUUGGUAUCUGUGAGACGAAUCAGCAGAGCUCACCAUUGGAGGAGGUGUACCCCCCAGAGGUUGACCAAGUGCUGUCCAAUCUACACAUGUUCAGCAGCCUUGACAAACUCACGAUUGAAUUUCCCUUUGAUUACGAGUCUGACCUGUUGAUCGACUACCUUCAAAGUGAUAUAUUUCAACCGGAGGAUGCUCCAUCGGAGGAGAGCGAAAAUACCUGGCGAGCGCUGAUGGCAGCGAGCUUUCGUGCAAUUGUAUCCAAUUACAGCGAUCCCUCGCCUAAUCAUCGACUACCCUUAUCCAUCGAAUUCCGCGAUCUGAACAUCUUCAUGGUGUCAGUUUUCACAACCGAAGUAUUCCAGUCUUUCUUGUCACAGCUUAAGACCUUCAAUCUCUCCUUAAGACGUUGGGAUAACGGGGCUGGCUGGACCAUGAUUACCCAAGCCAUCUUCCGCGACUUUUCGCACUACCUAGGCCCUUUCUUCUUCAACCACCUUGCUGCGGUGGAAGAAUUCUCUUUUGACCCCCGCGAAACGGGAACGCUCGGAAACGGAGGGCAAGCGUACUGGGAGGAUAUCGGCCUGAGAAAUACUACAUUACCAAGGCUGCGGAAACUCACCCUGAACAACAUUAUCAUUUGCCUCGAGCUACGCGACUUUCUUGUUCGACACAAGGCCACGUUGGAGUCUAUCACAUUCCAAGACUGUUUUGCAAGUGACGAGCAGCCAUCGGUACAUAACGAACGAAUCGAAUGGCGAGAACUAUUCACUACUCUCGCACAAGAGUCUUUCCCCCGGCUUACGAAUUUUCAAGUCACUUGGGCUGACAGUCUACUGAAAUUGCUUGACCUUAAUGAUAGGUGGGCUGAUCCAAUGGUAGUCCAGCGCGUACGCGAGAAGCUUGAUAGGGACCCGGACGCAAGAGUAUUUCCAUAUUGUGAGGUGGAUCAAAAGUAUGGUGUGAGAUAUUAUCACGGCACAGUCAACCAAGCCGCCUUUCUAGACGGAGCAGACUACCACAGUUAUGUGGAUCUUAUGGCCAUGGUUCAACAAAAUAGCGCGCAUAGCAGGCGACUAAGCAACAAGUGAUACGGCGCCACAUCGAGUGGUGUGUUUUGCCUAUGAGAUACGAGGGCGUUCUAAGCAGCUCUUUUCCAUUCAUUGCUUCUUGUGCUCUUACCUUCAAAGACAAGCCAGAAUUCCAUAUGAAGUGCACUUUCAUCUCGCUAUUUACAACAAAGAUCACCCCAAGGCAACAGUAUAUGUGGCGAUGGUGAGCGCCAAGAGCUGUCUUUUAGAUCCCUUGAUGUUUGCAACCCCAGUGCUGAUAUUAUGAGUGCGUUGUGAAGU